AUGGGACGCAAGAAGAUCAAGAUCCAGCCCAUUGAGGGCGAGCGCAACCGUUCUGCCACCUAUCUGAAGCGCAAGUUUGGUCUGUUCAAGAAGGCGUAUGAGCUUGCGGUGCUCACCGACUCGGAAAUCGCCGUGAUGGUCUUUGGCCGGAAUGGAAAGCUAGCCGAGUUUUGCUCCGGAGACAUUGACGAGUUCCUGCUGCGCUAUACGGAGUACAAUGGGACUGUGGAAAAGCGUGGACCCGAGCACUUUUCGCACGACAGCGAUGAAAAGAGCGACGAGAACGACGAGCGUCUUCAGGCCCCGGCAGAACCGUCCUUCAAAAGGGAGCGCACGCACAGCGCUGUGCACGCGAGCUCGCGCGCGCGUCUAGACAGUCGGAGACACAAUCCCGAGGGCCAACCCGCAAGUGACAAUGUGUCUCCACGCGGCCACGGACUCGCGCCGCCGGCAGUGGUGACGGAUUCGCGUGGCGCACCCCCCGACAUGUACCAGGGCUUGGGCAAGCGCCGUGCCUUUUCGCACACGCUUGGCAUGCCUGCCUACUUCCCUGCGGAACGUGACACGAGCGGGGUGCGGAUGAAUGACUGGGGCGCGCCACGCGCCGAGUCUGCCGCCACGCUGAUGCCCGUACCCGAACCGGCGUCUGCGCGGCGUUGGAGCAGUGGGCUGGAACUUGAUCUUCCUGCACAAAGCAGCGUGCCCCAGCAUGCGGUGCCUAGGCGGCUCUCUGACACAUUCGCCAAUGUGCAAGCCGGGGAGAUGCACGGCGUGCCCAUGCCGGAUGCCUCGUCGCGCAUGCUGCAUGCGCACGGGAUCCAUCCCUCGGCGCCACCCCCCGGGCAUGGCGUGCCAGAGCCUGCGCCACCGAGCCUGUCUCUUCCGUUGCCGAAUCCCGCGUCCUCCUUUCCUGUUCCAAUGAAUGCCAACUUCCUCGCGCCCGCUCAUUCGCCGACGACGCCGACGACGCCUACAAAUACUCAGCCGCCCAUGAUGGGUAUUCCCCAGCCAAUUCCCUCGCCGCAUGACACCCGCAUUGAUGGGGGCGUGCUCGCUUCACCGCUCACCCCCGUCCAUCCUGCUUUCCCUGGUGCGAUGCCACAAACGGCGAACAGCCCGUACCAGUACGAUAUGAAAGUACACCAAGGCGUCUCGCCUGCACCUAUGGGCGCCAUGCCGUCCGACGUAAAACGUUUUGUUCCUACGCAGGGACCCGAGAUUUUUUUUUCGACACCGGACCGCGCGUCAUCCCCGAACCGCGCGCCCCGCCCGGGCCAAGAGGGUGCACAAGAGCCGAGUCCAACCACUAAUAUGAUGCUGCCGCAAGAGCAACGCCCAAACUCGCCGACGGCGAACCCUAUCUCACGCUCGAUGUUUGUCUCUCAGUAA